CCUCAAUGUUCCCAUAUGUCCAGUCUAGCUAGCACAGGUGCUCUGCUGUUUGCACAUGUUGUAGUUACUUGUAUCCGAUAAUUCUUAUCUACAUCAAUAUCCGACUUUCUCCUAUUUGAAUCAUAAUAAUUUAUAAUUUCAAAGGAGUCUUGUAUCUUUCCGCUUCAAAUAUACCAUCUCACCUCGACUUAUAAGUCACCUUAACCACUUACACACUUACACAGCUACGCACCUAGGUAUACAUUCAUACCUAAAGCUCGCAUACGUAAAAAUCGGUGAAGACCAGUAGCGCGCUGCCAACCCACCGGCUCUCCCCACCUCGUGUCUGCAGAGUCGUCAGCUGUGAAUUGGAAUACCACAUACCCAAUCCAGAUACUCAAUACCUGCUCUAUCCAAUUGUUCCUCGUAUCGAAAUCCUCGCUCUUAUAAGCCCGCGCGACCGCCUGGUGCGGAAGUUAUCGUCCAACUUGAUGCUCGCGGAAAUCCUUGAUAGAAGAUGCGGUUGACGUCCUGCCGACAUGUCGCGCUCCUUUCGAUAACUGCGACCACACUUGCGCUCGCUGAUUCCAUCGUCAAUCCGCUCGAGUACGGGACCUUCGAAGACUUCUCCCCCGUCCAUAAGAGAGCGAUCGAUUGCCCCGAUAAUUUUUUCAGUUGCGAGGAUCGGGGUCCCGUCUUCGAAGGAACCUGUUGUCAAAAUGGACAGCUGUGUGCCUUAGAUGCCUAUAGUUCAGCGGCAUGUUGCCCUACUACAGCAACGUGUACAGGAGUAGCGCCAACCGGCCCAACGCCCUCUGUGUCCUACGUGAGCAAUACGUACUUCUCGUUUCCAUAUAUACCGACGUCGUUUGCGAAUUCAGUGGCAUGUACAUCAGCUCUCGACCAGUGCUCGAGGAAUUACGCAUCAUGUGUUUCGGGUUUAGGUGGAAGUAGCGCAGCUUAUGGCGUGACCAUCGUGGUCCCGGGAGGCGGUGGGACGACAAUUGCUGCCACGCAAGCUACCGGACUUCCGGCGCCGUCGGCAACAUCUGUUUGCUCAAGCCUAUCAUCUGAGGCUUGUUACAACUUGAAUAGUGCCCAAUGCACGCAAGCCGGCACGACCGGGGGUUUCAUCAUCGGCACCGGAAAUGCCGCCGCACGACCUACCGCUGUUUCUGUAGUUGCCAUCGUCGCCGGCAUUGGAUUGAGUCUCAUUGGAGGUUAUAUAUGAGCGCUUGUCGAACGACUAUCAUAGCGAGAUGAUUUAAAUCUUUAACUGGCCUGCCGAUGUGCUCCGGAUCCCGGGGAUCCAAAUACUGAUCGAAUGACGUCACGAAUUGUUAUGGCCCUUUUCUAAAUGUGUAUAUUUGGCUGGCGUAUCUAGAUAUGUGCCUAUAAUAUGGGAACUGGGGGCUUUGCACAUAGAAACGGAACGGAUGAAGGAACAUUUUCCUUGGACAUUGGGGGGUCGGGAUGGGGAUGGGAUCUCAUUUGCAUAGUGAGUUAUUGAAACGAAUUCUCAACUUGCACCGUGCCAAGCUUCAUCUGCUUAAGUUUCUGCUAUGGAUUACUUGUGAAGAGCACAAUGCGUGUUGUGAGUAUUUCCUAGGCUAGGAGUCUAUUAAUGAACCCGAUGAACAUCUCUUUCAUCAUAAUGCAACAAGAGUAACUCAGCCCGAAGCUUGCUUUAUAUCAAACAAUGCCUUUCUUAAUAACUUAAUUAAACUAGACAACAAGGAUUGUGAAAGAACAUAGCCGAUAGUUUACUCCUUCAAACCUUUAUAGAACAAUCGUCGUUAUACAUUUAUAAGAACUUGUCCUGAAUCUAAUAUAUUCU